UACACACACGCGCUUUUACAGAGUCCACAUGCAUAUGCUUUUACAUGCACACACACACACACACACACACACACACACCUCAAGUCUUGAUAUCAGCAGACUGAAGGAUGCAGCGUUUCCUCAUGUUUAUCUACGUUUUGUUGGGAUUUGUGACAGAAAUCGGCGGGUCGAGGCUGAAACCGGUUCUGACUGGUCCCAGUAAAGCUUAUCUGAGAUCUCAGGUCCAGUUUCACUGCGAGGUCCCAGGCUGGGCUUCACCUCUGACCUUCGAACUCAGAAAGGACACAGGGGAUCUUAUUAGUGCAGAAAACAACAUCAAGGUCACCUUCCAGCUGCAGGUCACUGAGGGGUCAGAGGGCAAGUACUACUGCGGGGUCACUGGAGGUCAAACCAGCAACAGCAUCCGUCUCCAUGUCGUGACUCCAGUCCUCGGGGCCCGUCUGAGCUCAGAUCCGGAUCCCCCGGUCCUGUAUGAAGGACAGACGUUCACCCUGCGCUGUCUCGUCAGGAAGGGGACGCAUCUGUCCUUCACAUGGGAUCAUGACCAGCAAGAGGUCAACGCCUCGUCACAACACUAUCGGCUCUCAGGAGACGCUCUCACGGUGGACGCCGCGAGUGAACGGCAUGCUGGGACAUACUCGUGCACAGCUCAAAACAUAAUGGAGGUCAACCCGAGAUUCUCCAGCAGCCAAAACCUCCGUGUCACCGUGAAACAGAACAUCUCGACGCUCAAGUUGUCAUUUGUGGUCUUCUUGAAUGGCUCGAGCCUGAUGGCCAACGUUAGCUGCCGUUUGGCACGUGGGUCUCCGCCUGUGACAUUCAGCUUACUGGUGAACGGACAGGAAGUGGAUGUGAAACGUGUGGAUUCGCUGGAGUUCUGGUCCGUUCGGCCCGUCUCUCUCGGUCUGGAUAUGGGCCUGGCUCAAUGUAAAGCUCAGGCAGAAACACAGCAGCUUCUGUCUGAUCCUGUGCAUUUACACGUGGUUCCAGUAGGUGGUGCUGUGCGAGUGAUGGUAAAAUACCUCUAUGAUGUCGAUGCAGUGGUGACAGCGGCUCGGCUCACAUGCUUCCCCGAUAGAGGAACGUUUCCCGCGUUCUCCUGGUCUCUGAACCAUUCCUCCCUUCCACCAGGGGGCAACGCUCACAUGGAGAUGCAGAACGGGCAGAUCUUAUUCCUCACGGACAUCAGCUCUGGUAAUUACCGCUGCAGGGCGAGGGACAGCUUCAACGACAGCUCGAUCUGGGUGGAGAGUGAGGACGUCUUCAUACAGAAGACAGAUUUGUCAGCGACGCCCAUGGAGGUCAUUGCGUUAGUUUUCUGUGGUUUCCUAUCUAUGGUGAUCGUAGGAGCCUCGUGUUUUCUGUUCUGGAGCACCAAGCGCAGAAACAACUCCUGCAAACAUGGCAUUAAACAUGAGAUCCAGUCUGAUGCGAUGCCCAGAAUGAACUUUCCAGCUGACGUUUCAUUUAAACCUCAAACUGUGGAAAUGAAAACAUUCAUCGUGAAUUUUGCGGACUAAACCAGACCAGACAAGACCUGCUCCAAACACACUAUAGUGAUCCUGCAGACCUUGAUUCGCUUGUUCAGAUGUAUUUAAUUAUGGUUGGAGCUAAACUUUUUGUUGUAAAUGUGCCGUAUCUUUAAGAUUGUAAGGCUUUUAUAUACCAAGUAAAUGUUUAAUUUA